CCCGCCGCGAUGUUCGGGGCGCAGCAGCAGCUGCAGCCGCCCGCGCUGCCCCCGCACCUCCAGCAGCAGCAGCACUACUACCGGCGGCAGCAGCACUACAGCACCCUGCCCGCCCGCCGGCCCUGCCCCGAGCCGCCGCCCUGCCCCGAGCCCCCGCCGUGCCCGGAGCCGCCGCGGCCGCUGCCCUGCCUGGACCCCGCUCCGCAGCAGCAGCAGGACGGCGCCGUGGCCUACGACCGGGUGCGCACCUACGGGCCGGGCUGCCGCCGGGUCAGCACCUCCUGCUCCUCCCGGGCCGCCUCGCCGCUGGACUGCGGGCACGGCUGCGACCCGCCACAGGGCACCAUCCGCAGGAUCAUUAUCGAGAACCCGGAUCAGGAGCCAUUAUCCCCUUUUCUUAGAGGGGCCAGUUUCUCUCCUGGAAAUAAUGUCAUCUAUGAAAAAACAAUAAGAAAAUAUGAGCUAUUAAAUCCCCUCCAAGAGCGGCAGUUCCAGGUGUGCCCGGCGGAGCCGUGCCAGCAGUGCCCGCCGCUCGCGGUCACCCAGCAGUGCCAGCAGACACAGACGGGCAGUCCCUGCGAGCUGUGCCCGGGCCCGGGGAGCGAGGAGUGCCGGGGACAGCCGGUGAGGAGGGGCACGGCACCCCCCGAGCUGGUGAGCUGCCCCCAGGACAGCCCUGAGCAGCUGGACUGUCGCUUCUUUGGGGAGCUGCUGGCCGAGCUGCACCGCAAGAGCAAUGACCUGUACAGCUGCCUGCUGCAGCACGUGGAGAAGAUUGGGACAAGGAACCACGACAUCGAGUUCACGUGCCAGACUGAAGAUAUUGAAGAAUUAAUUCCCAAAGGACUGUCUGAGGCAACAAAGCAGCAGAUUCGUUAUCUCCUGCAGAUGAGAGUGACAUCGGACAAAUCCCUGAGACUUGUGCUUUCCACGUUCAAGAACCUGCGGGAGGAGCUCUGCCAUUUGCAGGAUGACCUGGGGAAGCUGGAAACUGACAAUGUCUUGCUGAAGAAGGAUUUGGCUUUUAAGGAUUCCCAAGUGAAAGAAUAUGAAACAAUGCUGGCUUCUCUGAGGGAGAACAAUCGUCAGCAGCAGCAAGGGCUCAGGGACAGCACUGCCAAAUGCCGCUCCCUGGAGGAACAGCUCCUGUCCCUGCGGCUCAGCGAGGGUGACAAGGACUGCCAGCUGAAGGAGCUGGAGUACAGCAAGAGGGCCCUGGAGCAGGAGAUCCAGAGCCUCAAGCUGCAGGUGAGGGCGCAUUGGCUGGGUGCAGUAGCUGAGUCCCAGACUCAGAGGGAUCAGUGUAACGAUGAAAACUCUCAUUGUAAAAUAAAAUUGGGUUCUUUGCUGCAGAGCUGCUCCAGCCCGACCCUGCAGACCACGACGGACGAGCUCUCCAGCCGCUACGUGGAGAUGAUCAACAACCUGAGGGAGGACAAGGACAGGGAGAUCCGCAGCCUCAGAUCCCAGCUGUGCCAGUUCCAGCAGGACAUAACCAGGAGAGAGGGGAGCAACAGCGACUUGCAAAUGAGGCUGCACGAACUGACAUCGCUGCUGGAGGACAAAGAGGCUUUUAUUAAACAACAGCAAGAGGAGCUCUUCAGACUGAAGCAUGAGAAGUUAUCGGGCAGUCAGUCCCCUGGGGUGACAGCCAUCAUCACUAAAAAGUACAGGAAUCAGUAUCCUAUUCUGGGUCUCCUGUCUGAUGACUACAAGGUCACAUCACCUGUCAAUAAAUCACAAACGAUUGUAAUUGAGAGGACUGGAGAGAUCUGGAAACAUGUAAGUUUACCCGGAGAUGGACUGCUCCCUCUGCAAUGCUUAAUUUAACUUCAAAGCAAGUAUUACCCAAACUGAGAGCUCAGCGAUGCCCUCGUGGUAAUUUAACUGCAGAAAGCAAAGUGACUGACUGCAGCCAGGGAACUGUCCCGGCUCUUAGAGCAGGCAGUAAUUGGUGGGUGUGGUACAAAUAAAGCCUUUCGUUGUUUUCUCCGGCACCUAAUUACUCUGAACAAAAGCAGCAGCGUUGCUCUAACACCGGCCUCGGGGUGUUGCUGUACCGGGCAGGUAGGCAGGGACUGUGUCCUGCUGUGCUCUCGGGUGAGGAGGGAUUUGGGAGGGCUGAGCUCCUCUGCAUUAGGAGCGUUAUUGACUCCAAGCCAUUACUAAAACACACAAAGCACCACAUCCCUGAAACUCACCCUGAGCCGGGGCAGUGACGAACCCAGGAAUGCAGAAGAGUGGUGACAUUUUAAGGAGUGAUUCAGAGUAAAAAUAGAAAACAGGGCUGCAGAAGCUAUUUCUGUUACUGGCAGGGCUCGUGGUGCCAAGUCUGGCUACAAGGUAAAGGCUGGGGAAAUGGCAGGGUGGCCAAGCAGGGGUGGAGGCGGCUGCAGGCACAAGGUCACAGCAGCACCUGGACACAGCCAUGGAGGGGCACAGCCAGGAGACAGUUCUGUGACAGCCUGAGCAGCUGCAGGUGACACACCUGGCAUGUCCCUCAAGGGGACCUUGCCUGCAGCAGGAUUAAAAAAGCAAAAGGCUCAGGGCAGUGGCAAAGAGCAGAGUGUUAUUACUGAUCCCUAAACCUCACCCAGGUGCAUUGCAGCCUAGUGAAAUGUCAAGCAAUGAAACAGCAAUAGAGAAAUGAAAAAGUAAAGUGGUAUAGAGGAAAGGCUCACGGGUCCCCUUGGACACUGUACAAGAGCAAACAAGUAGGUAAUUAAAUGAGAUGCUUUAUGGGAGAUAGUUCUGUUUCAUAACAGAAACAGGUUUGUGUAUUUCUUCUAACAAGCUGCUUGUUUCUUUUAGGAAUGAGAGAAACCUCUGAGCUACUCCAAGGAGUUCACAACCACUGAAACUGCUUUACUUUCUGCUCUUCUGCAUCCAAGAAAAGGUUCAGUCUGAUAGUGAGGAAGGCUGGAAAACAUUAAGGACUCACUUUUCCCUCGGAAGAGUGGGAUGCAAUCCCUCUGUGGACUUCAGCUGGUCUUGACUAGCUCCUGUUCUUCAGCCAGGCCUCAGGCAAUCUAGGAGACAAAAGGAAGACACCUGAAACCUUUUCCUCUUCGUCCUUGUAGCCAUGUUCUGUCUCUUCAUGCUGAGAGUGGGAAUGACCCCCAUGUCAGUCCCACCCCUCCCACAGCUGCUUUCAGUGCAGAGUCACGGGCUGCAUGGGAACUUCAGAAAUACCUCACUGGGAACUGCCCCUUGCCUUACACCUGCCUCUGUCUGGGAAGCUCGGACACAAAGGACAAAACUUCCAUCAAACCCAGCUUCUGACCUGGCAAAUGCCAGCAGGACCCAGUUCAGUGAAGGGCUGGGCCAAAGCUCAUUUUAGAGAAUGCUUCUGACCUCAGACGUGAUGUAUUUUCAGCCCCAAACCAGCUGUAUUUAUUUGCUGUGCUUCAAAUUUUCAAGAACUUGGUGUAUUUUUAUACAGAACUUUGUGUGAAAAUAACUCAUGGACUAAAUUUCCUUAUCAGACCAACCUGCCAUUUACAAUUUCCACUCCUUGAAGGACCACAGAAAUUCUUUCAAACUGAUUUGGUGUUCAUGAUUCAGUAGUUGUCUGAGCAACACAGCACAGAGACUCACAGGAAGAGUUUGCAACACUGCAAUCCAAAGGUGCUCUUUUAUCGUGGGGUUCUUGCUUUGCUUUCCUGCUGCAGCCAUGUAUUUCUGUUCCCAGAUACUAUAGACCCUAGGCAAUGUUUAAUGGGGAAAGAAUGCUGGAGGCUACCUGUAACCAUGAAAUAAACCCCAGUCUAACUCUCUGGAUCAUUGUCUGUCCUGGAAACAUCUUGUGUACAGCUGGAGGGGGGU